AUGACAACGGCUUCGUCAUCAACCUCAUCAAAACGAUCGAUUCGGCCUCACCGCAAGUCACGCGCAGGCUGCACCGGCUGUAAACGUCGCAAAGUCAAGUGCGACGAAGAGAAACCGUGCAGCAACUGCACUCGCUUCGGCCUGCCAUGCGACCUUGUCGCGGAAGGCGCGUCUGUCGAGUAUAGUACAAGGCCCUUUGGACAGCGCGACUCCACUGGCAGAUAUGCAUCUAAUGUCCUACAACCUGCAGCACCGCAUCAUCCAACGACAACCGCGACGUCCAUACCCACACCCACUUCGCUCUGUACAGAAGAUGCAGACCCACCAGCGGCAAUCAGCCUCGACAAUGCCGAACUCCUCCUGCAUUUCGUGAACGCCGUAGCGGCUACUUUCGCCCCACGCGGAAGCCCUGCUAACAUCUUUUGGACGCGCGAGGCGCCGCAAAUUGGACUUUCCCAUACUUUCGUGCUCCAUCUCAUCCUGGCUUCAUCAGCAUUCCAUCUCGCCUACCUAGCCGCCAAACCGGAAAGCGAACACACAACAAUCACCCGCCUCCACCAGACCCGCACCGAAUACCUCUCCCUCGCCCAGCGGCACCUAACCGCCGGCUUGUCCGGCUUCACCGCCGCGCUGUCGGAGCCUGGGCCAGAGAACUGCGGCGCGCUGUACCUCGGCGCGGUCCUGACUAGCUACUGCACUUUUGCCGCGGGGCCGGCGAGCCGGGAUGACUUGCUUAUCUGCACUACCACGGACGGGGGCACUCCUCCGUCGUCGUCCGCCCCCGAGCCGGUGACUGCGAUGCCCUUUGUGUAUGGUGUGCGCCUCGUGCAUCAGUCGUUCACGCCUGAUGUGCUUUUCGCCGGGCCCCUAGCGGCGCUGCGGACUACUAGUAGUGGUACCAGCGGGCCGUCACCGGUUUCGACAGACUCGAUGGGAACGCCCGUAUAUGCUCGAGACGGGUUUGCACGCCUUGAUUGGGAGGGUCCGCUGCACGGGCUGAGGAGGUUCAUUGCAGGUGCGGACGCGGGUGCAGACGAACCGGAAGGGGGACUGCAACCGGGGGACAGAGCGAGGUUGAGAACGGCAACAACAACAGCAGUCUGUCUUCAGUCGCUCGACGACAUGAUGGAAAUCUACGCGGCGUUAUACGGGCGUCGUACGACUGGACCGGACGGUGCUAGUGUCUUUACCUACGACGGCCCAUCCGCCAACCAGUUCGUCUUUGGAUGGCUGUAUCGCAUGGAUCUCGAGUUUGUGGCGUGCGUCAGGAGGCGGGAGCCGUGUGCGCUGUUGGUGUUGGCUUACUAUACCCUGCUCUUGAACGGGGACGCGGUUCAGAGCGGAUGGUAUGUCGAGGGCUGGAGGGAGCACAUCAUCAACAAGGUGGAUGAGUUGCUUGUGGGUAGGGAGGAAAGGGAGGUGCUGGUCUGGGUAAAGGAGCAAGCCGCUAUGUUUUCAGGUUAAGAAUUCACAUGCUCGUGCUUGAAUCCUUCUGGGCUUGGCAGGCAACAUUGUGCUGCAGUACACUAAAUUGCAGGCUUGGAUCUGUUCGCUAGGCCACUAUCAUCCUUAAUUUGUCAGCAGCCCCUAUCACCGGUGGGGAGGCUACUUGGC